UUUCAGCCUUUUGCCAGCAGCAGCAGCAGCAGCAUACGCGUUUAAUACAUUGCAGAGUGACAGCUAGCGGGGUGCUAGAAACACAGUGAAAGCAACGGGCUUGAAUCAGACUCAUACCACUGAGAGAUCAGUUCCUCUUUUUUUCAGUAUUGUUUUGCUUCCUAUUCGCGUUGGUGUUUCAAGUACAAUAGGCGCUGAAUUAAGAUUUAUUAAGGAUGUCGGUGGCCGGAUUCAAAAAACAGUUCCACAAAGCGAGUCAGUUAUUAAGUGAGAAGAUAAGUGGAGCCGAAGGAACGAAACUAGAUGAAGACUUCAUGGAAAUGGAAAGGAAAAUUGAUGUCACAAACAAAUCCGUCUUUGAACUUGUGUCUAAAACCACAGAAUACCUUCAACCAAAUCCAGCAUACAGAGCCAAGCUUGGUAUGCUGAACACAGUGUCUAAAAUCAGAGGCCAGGUCAAAACGACAGGUUACCCCCAGACGGAAGGCCUGCUGGGAGACUGCAUGCUGCGAUAUGGAAGGGAGCUGGGAGAGGAGUCCAACUUUGGAAAUGGUUUGGUCGAUAUUGGUGAAGCUAUGAAACAAAUGGCUGAGGUGAAAGAUUCCCUGGAUAUCAGUGUUAAACAGAACUUUAUUGAUCCACUACAAACACUACAGGAAAAAGACUUAAAAGAGAUUGUGCACCACUUAAAAAAGCUUGAAGGUCGACGGUUAGAUUAUGAUUACAAAAAGAAACGUCAAGGUAAGAUACCAGACGAAGACAUCAAGCAAGCUGUAGAAAAAUUCGAAGAGUCCAAAGAGCUGGCUGAAAGAAGUAUGUUCAACUUUUUAGAAAAUGACGUAGAGCAGGUGAGUCAGUUGGCAGCUUUAAUUGAGGCAGCACUAGACUAUCAUAAACAGUCUUCAGAGAUUUUGGAAGAACUUAACAGUAAAUUACAAAGCAGAAUAACGACAGCCAGUAAUCGUCCUAAACAGGAGUUCAAGCCAAAGUCCAUUAUGACAAGCUUGGAAACGAUUGACAACCAGCAACACAAUGGCUUGUCAUACAGCUCUUCUUUCAAAUCCUCAGGUAUUGCGCCUGACAUGGUUCUCAAAGAUGUCCAGAUAAAUCCCACUGCUAAUGGAAAAAGAUCGUCGGUUCACUUGGACCAGCCUUGCUGUCGGUCACUUUAUGAUUUCGAGCCUGAAAACGAAGGAGAGCUUGGAUUCAAGGAAGGGGACAUCAUCACUUUAACCAACCAGAUUGAUGAAAACUGGUAUGAGGGCAUGAUACACGGGGAAUCUGGCUUCUUCCCAAUCAGCUAUGUGGAAGUGAUAGUGCCUUUGCCCCAAUAAGAGCCAGCGUUCAAGAUUUCUAUCAGAACUGUGGACGUAAUCUCAUAGCUCUAGAAUUCAAAAGACAUUUCAUCAACGUUGCAUUCUGUGAAAGCCCUGCAUUUUGUCAACUGGCAUACCUUUAUAUAGGUCUUAUUCCUCGAGUAUUUAUUUUGUACAUAUUUCAUUUGUAUUGAACAUGUUUGACUUUUUAUUGGCUAUAUCAAAUGCUGUUGUGCUAUUUGGUUGCCUUGAAAACUUUUUGAAAUGUAUUUUUUUCUUCUAAUUGUAUUCUAUGUAAUCGGUUGAUAUUUUCAGUUAAUGGCAGUGCAUUUUUGCUACAAUGUGAACUAGUUUGCCUGCAGUGGUCUUAAGUGUUUCUGAAACACACGUUUAAACUGUAAGUAUUAACUAACUGUAAUUCUAUGAAUGACUGUCCUCACUGUGUCAUUUAUGUUUACAUGGUAUAACUUAUUGUGAUACAAGAGAAGAAUCAUAAUGCAUAUUACCAGUUCUGUAUUGAAUAGGGGUAACCCUCACUUGCACUCACCAGGUGUUUUGUAUACACUUUAUAUUGCACUAAAUGUACACUCUUCUACACACAAAUUAUUCUUUUUUUUACCAUUGCACUUUCUAUCUUCUGUCGAAUAAAUAAAAGAAACAUGAAUGAUGUGAAUAAGUGACCAUUUAUAUAAAUAAAAUGUAUACUGUAUGUAUAAAA